CCCCUCCACUGCUCCAAUUUUUUACUUCUUUGCUUCCCAUUUAUAAACAAUAAAUAAGUUAUUGAGGUGCUCAAAAUAUUUACUUCGUAAAUGAAAUAUAAGAAAACUCGUCAACAACAAAAGUUAAAGAAGCAGCCUUUUUUAAAUCAAAAUGGUAAUUUCAUUAAAAUAAAUUCUUUUUUUAAUAUUCAAAAUAAAGAGAAGCGUUUUUUCGAUCCUUGUUUUACCACCUCCUCGGACAAAAAAAGAAAGCUUCUAAAAACUCAAUUUUUUGAGGAAUUUAGUUUGCUUUCUAGAAAUUGGUGGCAAACUUCUAACAAGGCAAGAGUUACGGAGCUCGUAAAGGAUUUUGCCGUUUAUCUGUUGCCUUCUAUUAAAAUCCAUCUGUCUAACGCAAAACCAGAGAAUAAAAAGUACAAGACGGAGGACAAUAAAAAUGCUAAAGGAAACAAGAUUGAGGGCUUGUUAAUCUCACCUACUGAAAAACUUAUAUUUAUAUACUGCAGUUGUGGAUGCAAAAACGCUUAUGAUCUAAAAAACUGGCUAUCUCACGUUAAAGUUGCUAAAAAAUAUGGCUCCAAUAAUAUUGCUCGUAACGCUUCAACAAAAGUUAAAAAGCAGAGGAAAAAUAAGGCUAAUCAUUUUUCUUACUUGCUGAGCAAAGUUUUUAUAAAUAAAACGAAAGCCACACUCACACAAAAAAUGGGCGCUGAUCUCCAAGGGUCUUAUGCUUAUGUUAAGAAGCACGGAAGCGUCAAGGGCCGGCAGCUUUACAUAAAAUACAAGUCAAGAAAGAGGUUAAAAGUUAAUGAAAGCAAGCAAAACUAUCGUUCCUUUCCCACCGAAAGAGAUGUGAUCCCUGACUGCUUUCAUCUGAGCUCUUAUUCGUAUACAUCAUUAGUGAAAUUAUUUCCAACCAUCCGAGUAUACAAAGACUGCGUUUUGGAUUGUCUUGACAGAAAGGUUACCUUGGGCUUGGCCGGGCAAAAAGGCUAUGCGCUUCUCGGCACUCGCCACUCUCAGCUAAGAGUCGACAACUCGCAGAUGCAAGAUCGGCUCGUCGUUCGUCAGAGUAAGCUUGGGAAUUACGUCAUUUCUGUUCUUGCUGACGGACAUGGAGGAACAACCGCUCCCCGGUUUUUUUCAAGAACUCUUGCCGACGGUCUGGAGAGACUACUGAAGGAUCGUUGCUGGAAUUUUUCGGAUUGCAGACAGGCGAAAUUGUUUCAAGCCAGAGUCCUUCAAUUAUACCAGCAUUUGGAUGAAGUGUACUUAGAAAAAAAAAAGCUCGAGUUUGAAACUUUUACCGCCAUGAAAGAAUAUAUCGAUAAUAAUAACCACUGCUUCAAGAAAACCUUAAAGCCCACACGUAAGCAUAAUAAGCUUGCCGAAAGUACAUUCCCUCCAGGCCUCGGAGAGAAGCUUCCUUUUAAUAACUCUGUCGUUGUGGAUACAAAUUCGUUAGACUCCGAGUAUAAUGAGCUCUACGAUAACUAUAAGAACGAGCUUGAAGAGCCCAACAAGGCAAGCAAAAUAACAAGGAGGCUAAAGGUUCUAGCGAAAGCGGAGAAUCAGCUUAGCAAUAGCGCGCCCCCCGACGAUGGCUGCACUCUACUCGCCACUGUUAUAUAUAAGGGUUGGAUCGUGUGCUGCAAUGUUGGGGAUUCGCGCGCUUUAAUUUUUUCGCGCUCUCCUUCCUCUUUUUCAUGGUCUUUGAUUUUUUCGACCGAGGACCACUCGUUGGGCAAUCCAAAAGUUGUCAACCACGUGAUUACGCACGGCGGGCAAUUCCUAGAUGAGGUUACGGGUAGGCCUAAGCAGUUCCGGUAUCCACAGCCCUACUAUCAGUCUCUCGUGUUUAACACUCGGAUAUGCCCUCAACAGGAACUUUCAAAAAAUAAUAUAAAUAUACCCGUGGAAAGGAGCAUUAAUUUAGGAGGCUCCAUGGGAGAUCUGCUUUUUAAGUUAAAAAAGGACUCGCCAGUUUUAUUAAAUACGCCGGACGUCACUUUUCAUGAAGUGCCUCGUGAUCUAAAAGUAAUCCUGUUAAUGUCGAGCGACGGCCUUUGGAAUUAUUUGCCUGAAGAUAAACUGAAUAGAGUUUCUGCGCAAAACAAGUUUGUUUUCAAUAAAGUUGGCUAUGAGUACGACGUGGGCACACCACUAAGCGCCAUUGCCACUCGCUUAUGCUUCAGAGACUUUCGCGAAGUUUCUCAAUUCGACGACUGCAUUUGUCUUCUGUUUUGCUUUGAGACGCUUGACCUCGAGAGGAAGUUUUGCUAAUAGUACAGAAUUUUCAAUGAUCUUUUAAAGGUGGAAAAAAAAGAAAGUUACAUUUAAAAGUUAUCUUUUUUUUAAAAUUUUGAGUUUGUUAAA